GCUACGGAUGAAAUCCACCGCUGCUGCUCUCUCAGCGUUGCAAAGAGCUGAGGAGCAUCUAGACUUCCACUGCACACACUGCUCGCUGAAAUCCAACAUGGGUUCAUGGGAAUGUCCGCUCUACAUCGCAGUCACAGCGUGCUUACUGAAAGUCUCUCUUCAAGGGGAAAACCAGCGCAGACUGUACCGAGACCUGAUGGCUGACUACAACCCGCUGGAGAGACCCGUCUUCAACGACUCCCACACCCUCACUGUGCACUUCAGCUUCAGCCUCAUGCAGAUCAUGGAUGUGGAUGAGAAGAACCAGGUUUUAACAACUAACAUAUGGCUGCAACUGUACUGGAACGAUUAUUACCUCCAGUGGAAUACAUCUGACUAUCCAGGUGUGACCAAUGUGAGAUUUCCCGAUCACCUCAUUUGGAAGCCAGACAUUCUGCUUUACAACAGCGCAGAUGAGAGGUUUGACGCUACUUUCCACACCAACAUCUUGGUCAACUCCUCUGGCUCCUGUUCCUACCUGCCUCCAGGGAUCUUCAAGAGCACCUGCUACAUUGACGUGCGCUGGUUCCCCUUUGAUGUCCAGAGAUGCGACCUGAAGUUUGGCUCUUGGACAUAUGGGGGCUGGUCUCUGGAUUUACAGAUGAUGGAGGCAGACAUCACUGGCUACAUUGCCAAUGGAGAGUGGGAUCUUGUGGAGGUCCCAGGCAGGAGGAAUGAGCGCUUCUAUGACUGCUGCAAGGAGCCGUACCCAGACGUGACCUUCACCGUGGUGAUGCGGAGACGGACUCUCUACUACGGCCUCAAUCUGCUCAUCCCUUGUGUCCUCAUCUCUACACUGGCCUUACUUGUCUUUCUACUGCCUGCCGACUCCGGGGAGAAGAUCUCUCUGGGAAUUACAGUCCUGCUCUCCCUGACGGUCUUCAUGCUGCUCGUUGCUGAGAUUAUGCCCGCCACCUCUGACUCAGUGCCUUUAAUAGCUCAGUACUUUGCCACCACCAUGGUCAUUGUUGGUCUCUCAGUAAUUGCAACAGUCCUGGUCUUACAAUAUCAUCAUCAUGACCCAGAUGGAGGCAAGAUGCCAAAGUGGACCCGUGUCAUCCUGCUGAACUGGUGCGCCUGGUUCCUGCGCAUGAAGCGUCCAGGUGAGCAGCAGGUGCGUCUGGCCUGCCACAACAAGGGGCCGCGCAGCAGCCUGACCAGCAUGGACCUGAACGCCAGCACGUCGGCGUCCCAGUCCACCAACGGCAACAUGCUCUACAUUGGCUUCCGUGGCCUGGAGAGCAUGCAUUACUCCACCGCGGCCACCUCCCCCGACUCAGGCGUCCUCUGUGGUCGACUGGCCGGCCGAGCAGGUGAGGACGAGGUGCUGCUCCCCACGGGUCAGAGUUCAACAGUGGGCAGCGUGGAGCCAGAGCUGGCCAAGAUUCUGGACGAGGUGCGCUACAUCGCCAAGCGCUUCCGCAACCAAGAUGAGGAGGAGUCCCUGUGCAAUGAGUGGAAGUUUGCCGCGUCCGUCAUUGACCGGCUUUGCCUCAUGGCUUUCGGACUCUUCACCAUCCUCUGCACCAUCGGGAUCCUCAUGUCAGCACCCAACUUUGUAGAGGCCAUUUCCAAAGACUUCUUCACUUAGGCGCUCCCACAGAACGCAUCAGCUGGAAAUAAAAGGCUUCAAAAAAUUCCAAAAACAAUGGCCUACACCAAUCUUACAGAUUACUUAAUGUUAAUUUGCAUCUAGGUUAGUACUCGAGCGUGUAGACCACACUAACAAAUAUUUAACCACAAAAUCAAACCUAGGACUUCUUUCAAAAAUGCAGUUCAGGCUGAAUUGAUAUGAAGCAUUAACAUUUAAAUCUAUGCCUUACUUUUUAGUGCCAUCCAAUUAAAAUGACCAGCCUUUGCCUUCUGUAUUGUAUAGCUGAAAAGUUUCCAGUGGGAUUAGAUCAGAAUCAAAUCCCCUUGUUUGUCUGUGCUACAAUGCCUCAAUAAUGCUUACAAAGCACUGUCUAAAGUGAUGCGGAAACAAUUUUACUGUCAGAUCUGGUGUGGUGUUACUUGUGUGUUGUUGUUCAUGAAGAUAUCUUUUAGAAAUCUGUAUGUAUACUGGUAAAGUAUACUGGUAUACUGUACAUAUAGGACAUAAUAGAUGGGUAUUGUAUAAUCAUCGUAUUUGUUGUAUCACAGUCUUCACUCUCAAAUCAACUGAACGAUGCUGUAAAUUGCUGCAAAACUGUGAGGUUUUCAAAACGCAAUCAUUCAAGUUUUAAUUUCAUGGCCGUCCUGUUUCAUCACUUCAUUCAUUACUCUUGUCCAGUCAACAGCACUCAUAAUG